AUGGAUGAACUGAGUUCAUUGGACGUGGAGACCAUCAUCUGCUCAGGAGAUGAGUCACAUGGACAGAUGAAAUGUGAUGAUGCUGCCCGGCCCAAGGUGAACGGUGUCACCAGAAUCCUGCAGACCCUCCACCGAGCCCUCCUGGACGCGAGGAGGAAGAACCAGGAGCUAGCAGCCGAGAACGCUGCUCUGAAGGAGCAGAGGGUCAGAGAGGAAGAGUUGGAGAAGGAUCUUGCAGUUAUGAAGAUGACAAUGAAACAGAAAGUGGAAGAAAACAUCUCCCUGACCACUGCUCUUCAUCUCCAGCAGUUGGAGAACCAGAAAGUAGAUAAUGAAUGGAAGGAGAAAUUUGCAGCUCUGCAGGAGAACUACGAGGAGAAGCUGAGGUGCAGUGCCCUGGAGGAGGAGGCCAGCUUCAAGCAGAGACAGGAUCUGUUAAACAAGCUCAGGAAGACAGAGAAGUGGUUUUUAGAGGAGGCGAAGGCGGUACAGUCCCAGAUGCUGAAGAACAUGGAGCUUCAGAACCUCACCUCUAAGACCGACUGGGACAAUGUGAAGGUCAAAACUGAGAAACAAGAGAAGAAAGAACAACUGGAGAGAGAGAGGAAGGAGAAGAAAGAACAAAUGGAGAGAGAGAAGAAGAAGAAGAAGGAGAGUGAAGAACUGAAGAAGAGAGAAAAGAAAGAGAAGAAAGAAACGAAUAAGCAGGAAAAGAAAGAACAAAUGGAGAAAGAGAAGCAGGAGAAGAAGGAGAAGAAGGAGAGGAAAGAACUGAAGAAGAGAGAAAAUAAGGAGAAGAAAGAAACAAAUAAGCAGGAAAAGAAAGAGCAGUUGGAGAGAGAGAAGAAGGAGAAGAAGGAGAAGAAGGAGGAGGGGGGAAGUGUGAAGAGGAGCAAGUGGUUCCCCUGUUUUACCUUUUAAAUCCGGAGCUAGUCCUAAUCUCUCUCAUCCUUCCUCUCCCACAACCAUCCCUUCAUCCUGAAUGCCCCUCUCCCUUACCCCUUACC